UUCACUUCUCAAUUGAGUACAGCGAAACCGAUCGGCCAUGAAAUCGCCAUGAAAUCGAACCUCAUCGCCUGCUUCCUAUUCUCAUCUCUCCUCGUAGCCUCGGCCUCUUCUUCUGCAGCCCUCGGAGGAACCGAUCGAGCAGCGCGGGCGGAAGAGGAAGGCGGCGAUUCUCGCCCGACGAUGGCCGCGCUCGGUGGGGCCCACGAGCCGCGAGGCGCCGAGAACAGCGUCGAGGUCGAGAGCCUCGGUCGUUUCGCCGUCGACGAGCACAACAGCAAGGAGAAUGGGCUCCUCGAGUUUGCGCGGGUGGUGAAGGCGCAGGAACAGGUGGUUGCCGGCACCUUGCACCAUCUUACCAUCGAGGCGGUGGAUGCCGGGAAGAAGAAGCUCUACGAAGCGAAGGUCUGGGUGAAGCCGUGGAUGAACUUCAAGGAAUUGCAGGAAUUCAAGCAUGCCGGUGAUGUCCCCUCCUUCACGCCCUCGGACCUCGGUGCUCGGAGAGGUGGGCAUGCUCCUGGUUGGCAAGAAGUGCCUGUUCACGAUCCCGAAGUCCAGGAUGCGGCGAAUCACGCCGUGAAGACUAUUCAGCAAAGGUCCAAUUCCUUGUUCCCGUAUGAACUUCAUGAGAUUGUUCAUGCAAAAGCUGAGGUAGCAGAGAGCUCGGCCAAAUUCGACAUGCUUCUCAAGGUCAAGAGGGGCGACAAAGAAGAGAAGUUUAAAGUUGAAGUGCACAAGAACCAUGAGGGAAUCCUACAGCUGAACCAGAUGGUGCCUGAGCAAUCCUGAACCGUGAUGGAUGCAUCUCACUUUGGUUUCCGAAAAUGAACCCCUCUCUGCAUAAACUUCCUAGCGUGUCUUUGUAUGUUUUGAGUUUUCUUGUGAACUGAAGAAAAACUGACGUGUAGUCUCUCGUGGCUCAUAAACUUUACAUGAGCUCGUCUUCACUCUUUGUGUGCUCUCUUGUUUAGGUGUUAUAUAUACGGUGCUAGUUGCGAGAAGCAAUGCUGUUAGUUUUUUAACCACAA